AUGUCAAAACGCCAGGCUCUGCGCCCUUACAAUUCAGAUGAAAUUGUCCAGCUCAAGGGCAUUGCGCUCCCCGCAAAAAUCAAGUGUGGUCGCUGCCUCAAGAAUCUGCCUGAAGCCAAGUUCUCCAUCAAGCAGCUUACCGACGCCCGUUGGCAGAUCAAAAACUCAGGCAAAAUGUACAAAGCCAUCAACUGCCAGCCCUGCACUGGUCAACAGGUGGUCGAGGUCGAAUGUACAGUGUGUGGAAAGAUAAAGGGUCUGGAGGAAUUUGCAAAGUCUCAACGCCGUAACCCUGACACUGCGAGGUGCUUCAAGUGUGUUGAGGCGCAGCUUGAUGAGAACCCCUUUGACGAGGACAAGUACGAAGAUCUCGACAAAGCUUUCGUCACUCCCGACCACUCUAAUGGCCAAUAUCCCGAGUACUUUUCCGCAGCCACAACCGAUACCUCUUCUGCACAUGGCGAAGAUGACUGGAACUCCGUCAACUUGAACCAACGCCCUGGUCGCAAGGAAUCUGGGGAUGGCGGCGUUGCUUUAUCGGCAGACUUUCAGCGAGCCAUGUCUCUUACCGGGUCCACCAGUGAGGUCUUGAUCAGUUCCGAGUACGCUUACUCCGCUGGCAAUGGAAAGGAUAACAGCGACGACUGGAGCGAAGUCAAUGCCAAGGUUCUUAGCACCAAAUCAGCUUUCAAUCCCAAUGCACAUGGCCGCGCAGCUCCUUCGGCCGCUGGCUCAUCCCGCUCCUUUGCCUCGAGCGUGGUUGAGCAAUCCACUACGUCCCAAGUACGUCCCAAUGGCUGGGCAAAAAUACCUGCUGCACCUCGCGGUCCACCGAUCACUGGUCCACUCGUAGACGCGUGGGGUGAUUCUGACGAUGACGAAGAAGAGGAUGAUGACGAUGAUGAUGACUACGAUAGCGAUGACGAUACUGCCAACAAUAUUUCUGCACAAGAAAUCCGCGACUCUUACCAGCAACGUGUCCGACAGGCCGAGCAGGAUGCGGAACAAGCAGGAGAUAACGACGACGGACCUUCAAACGUGGGGGCAGACGAUGGACAAGCCGAAGAGGAUGUACAAGCAGAGUCGUCUGCAAUGGCCGCUGAGCGUUCUCGUAAACGCAAACGCAACCAAGAUGAAGCCAUAGCGAAGAUCAAGAAGGGCAAGGCUGCAAAGAAGAAUGCACAAAAGAAGAAGAUGAGGGGCUCAGAUGACGACUCGGACUUCGAGGAUGUCAUGGACAUGUACAAGAAAGCCAAGCCUCUCCCCGGUCAGCUGGAAAACUGCGAAAUCUGCAAUAAACGGUUUACCGUGACGCCGUACAGCAAAGCUGGACCCGAGGGCGGUCUUCUUUGUACGCCGUGUGGAAAGGAAAUGGCCAAGGAUGCAAAGGCCGAGAAGAAGGCCAAUAAGCCUGUCGUUCGCAAGGGCCGAAGAAAGAUGGAGAGCAACCGCCUCGAUGGGCUGACUAUGCGCGGACCAAAAUCAUUGCAACAGCUCUGCAUCGAGAAGUUGGCAAAGCACGCGGAGGAUAUUGAAGAGCUGGGCGAAAUGCCAGAAAGCAUCAUGAACCGGAUCAGCGAGAUCUUUUCGAAGAAGCGUGCAAUGAACCCUGCGACCAUGAAGCUUUUCCUCCAGCCUGACACGGAGAAUGUUGCCAUUCAUGAAGCGGCAUACCUGGAGACGGAAGAUUACGACCAGAUUUUUGCCGUAUGUCAGAACGUCAAACGGCUGUCGCUGCGCAAUUGCUGCCAGUUGAAGGAUAGCAAUAUUGACUAUAUGAAGGAAAAGGCCAAGGCGUUGCAAGAGAUUCAGUUGCUAGGGGCAAAUCUCGUCUCUGACGACAAAUGGAUUGAACUCUUUAUCGCGCGCGGUCAAGAUCUCAAGUCAUUGAAAGUAGAGUGGCUAGAUGCUGCUUUCAAUGACCACGUUGUCGAGGCGCUAACAACUUUCUGUCCGAACCUCGAGCGCUUGAAGAUUGAGCGAUGUAAAAAGAUUGGACCAGACAGCAUCGACGCAAUAGCUCGUCUGCGGCACCUGAAACACCUCACUCUUCGCUUUUACGAUAGCAUUACGCGCGAGAAGCUAGCUUACCUUGUCGAGUCUGUUGGCGCCAAUCUGCAGACGCUGUGCUUGGAGCACUUUAUCGACCAAACGACGGAUGCCACGGACGAAGUGCUUGACAUGAUUCACGAAAAGUGCCGCCAUCUCAGCAAGUUCCGGUUUACGGAGAACCAUGAGUGCACCGACGCGGGCUACGUGAAUCUGUUUUCCAAUUGGGACAACCCACCACUGCGCCACAUUGACGUCAACUCGACUCGCGACAUGGACAAUAGCAAUCCCGACGGACCUCAGGACGCACCGAUUGGCCUUUGUUCUGGCGGGUUCCGGGCGCUCAUGUCGCACUCUGGGUCGCGUCUGGAGUACCUGGACAUUUCGUCGUGCCGGCACAUCUCGCAGGCUACGUUUGGGGAAAUGUUUGACGGGGCUCGGCAGUACCCGCAUCUCGGGGAGAUCAACUUGUCCUUUUGCCCCGUGGUGGACACGGAGAUUGUAACGGGCAUCUUUCGGUCGUGUCCUGGGAUCAAAAAGGUGGUGACGUUUGGCUGCUUCCAGGUGACGGAUGUGGUGGUGCCGAGGGGCAUUGUGCUGAUUGGGGCACCCAAGGCGCAGGACCAGAUUGAGCAGUUUGGUGAGGUGGUGUUGGAUUAUCAGAAGGAGAUGGCGGAGAGUAUGGAUCAGAUGCGGGGCAUGGGUCGCGUCGUGCCUGUUUUGAGCUAGUGGAUGCGCGAGGUAGGGGGGCGGGAUGAUGUGCAUGUCUGCGAG